UCUAUUUCUCUCUCUCUAUGUGUCUGUGUGUGUGUGUGUGUGUUGUGUCUGUCCUAUAAGCAUAAAAAAGCAAGAAAAAAGAAGUACUAACAAAGCAAAGAUAAUAUUAAUUUGAAGCUUAGACUAAUUCAUCUAUAAUGCGUCUGCUGAUGACAAAAAGAAAACAUAUAUGUCGCCGCACCAUUGUGUUACUGCAUUUUAUGUUAAAAAAAAAAAUCUGUUAUUUGAGGGCAAUUUGUUGCUGUACUCUUAAGUGAGAGUAAGCUUCUUUUUCAUCAUGCUCUUGAUAUUUUAAACAUUUACACAAUAUGUUCAUGUUUAAAAUAUGCUACAGGGUAGAGGAUUUGGGCAAUCCCAUCACAGUGGUAUAAUGGACGUGGGUGGGAUUUUGGUGGUUUUCCAACUUAGCAAUGGCAAUCAACCUUAUGACAAAAUGGCCUUGUUAAUAUGUCUUAACUUAGUAGCUGAGAUUUAAGGAUUUCAGUGGGUUUGCCCAGACUCAACAUUUAAUGGUGUCUUCUAUUUUUAUUGAUUCUUUUCACAUUUAAAGCCAUUAAAAUCCAUGUUGUGCAGUUGACACCAACAAAUGCAUCAACCCUUUAAACAUGUUCAUAUACUUAUAUUAGUUCAGUACACGCAUACCUGCUGGCCCUUUAAAUACAUCCGCACUCACACUUGCUUUCCUCAUUUGUGUGAAAUAUUUAUCAGAUUGUGUAUAUAUCUGCAGACUGUGGUCACCAGGGUAGGGGAAUCCAUCUUAUACUGCCACAACAUAGUUAAAAAAAAAAGUAUCGAAGAUACUAAAACAAUGGACAAUCCGUGAGGGUAUCAUUACUUUUGCACAAUAUUGAAGUUCACUACUGAGCAAACGUUCAGUAGACUUUGAUAGACACACCAUCCUGCUAUUGGUGCAUAUGUUAGCAUUUCAGAACAAUAAUCUCAAUUAUAUACAUUAAGGCAUUCAUGAUUCUCCACGUCAGAUGAUCGAAUGUUUGAUUCAGUCGUACCAUCCGGGGUUACCUCCUUUUACACCCCAUUAUUGCCUUGAAUGGUACAGUUACAACAUAAUACAAUCAUUUUGGGGAAUGAGACCGGCACUUAUGCAACAGACUGCCCUGCCCACAGAUCUGUGAAAUACGCUUCAUGACAUGUACAUAUGGAUCUCGAAAAAAAAAAAAAAAACCUUUAUCUGUAUAGAAUACUUUUCUAGAUUGUCCAGUUGAGAGAAACUGGCGAAUAUCGAAAGCAGACUGUGCAAGCAUGAGCGUCACUAGAUCAUGUCAUUGCAUUGGUCGAUUGUGUCUUUGCAGAGCAUGUUGAUAUCAUAGCGCUCGCUCUUCACCGUCAUUGUUUGACUUCACUUUCGUCUGUCGAUGCUUCACUGCGGCUCUUAAGUGGUUGGUGGACACACGUUGCUCCUCCCAACGCAACUGUGCUGUCAUUAAUGUGCUAUUGUCCAUGCUGAUGUUCUCCUCCUGAUACUCUGCCCUGUUUGUGGUGUGGAGCCUGGAGGUGGAGCAGUGUCACACUGCCAAUCUGACUACUUAUUAAAUGCCAACAGACACGCUGCUUAAAAUGGGUCGAAUAGAAGACCUUUUUUUUGUCGGAUCUUUAAAUGGAAACCCAUUUUUAUAGGAAUAUUCUGGGUUCAGUCUAUUCAUGGCACUUACAAUGUAAGAGAAUAGGGCCAAUCUGUAAACAUUAAAAUACUCAUAUACACCCAUGUCAACAUGAAUUGAAAUGUGAAGGGAAAAACACUUCUUUAAAAGAAGAAUUAAUGCAAGUGCAUUUUUUUUUUGCAUUGCAUUGCAUUUCUGCUUUUAAAUACUCCAGAAACUGGCCUCAUUCAAUUUCAUUGUAAGUGUCUUGCCUUGACCUUAAUUGAUGCUUCUUAUAUAAUGUAUUAAUUAUAAAAUAAGUGUUCUCUUAAAAAAGAAAAGUAGUAAUCAACAUUAUGCCACAAAUGCUUAACUUGUAUUGAACCCGGAAUAUGCCUUCAAGCAAAACUGUGUUAUAUCUGCAUGAAUGUGUCCGACCUUUUGCUGAGUUCGAUUGGCUCAGACAGUUUCAGUGGAGUCUCUAGUGUCGAGAGCGCUGGCAGGUCUCACAGAUUGAACCCAUUUCAAGGUCCAGACACAAUCAGCAGGCCAAAGUGGUGGUCAGGGAGGACAGGUCAGUGAACCUGCUAAACCAUUAUAAAGAAAUAUUUCCUAACCUUAUCUUAUCCUCAGCAAAGCUUAACUACCGAAAUAGGCCUCAAGCUAUGCUCGUCUCUGAAUAAUUUUUAAAUUUAAAUGUAUCUAAGACGUAUACCCCUAUCAUUGAACUCUCCAGACAGUGAUGAUAUAUAUUACAGUGGCAUAUGUAUGGUAUCCCUCCUCUCCACCACAACAGACAGACACUUUAUCGAAACUCCUGAUAGUGACAAAUAUAUAUAUACGCAUAUAUGUAUAUAUAAAUAUAUACAUAUGUAUAUUAAAAAAAGAAAACAGAUAAUCCAAAAAAUCCAUCGUCUGCCUUCAUUUUGUUCCAUUCUGUUGUAGAAAAAUCACACAAGGUAAGGUGAAAAAAAUGUAAUGUGAAAAAGAGUAAAUAAUAUACUAUAUUUAAUAUAAAACUUAUAAAUUAUUGUACAACUGCACCAUCACUGUACAUUUUUGCCAAAAUGUGCACAUGUGCAUCUUUUGUUUACGAUUUAAGCACAUUUUGUGUUUUACUCUAUUGUCUCUUCCUCUUUCUUUCUCCUUAUGCUUUUUUGUAAAGAAUUAAAAUUGAACAGCUUGUACAUUAUUAUGAUUAUUAUGACUAUAAUUAUUAUUAUUAUUGUCUUUUUCCAUCAGUGAACUUUUAGCUGAUGGAAAAAACAGUUGCACAUUCUCCUGAACAUACACUUACUGCUCUACAAUGGAAAAAAAGACAAAAAAGAGAAAAAUAUUAAACUAUUAAAUAUAUUAAUAAUUACCUGCCUGUUAUUUAAGAGAAAAAAGUAUCUAUCUAUGAUGAAAGAACACAGCUGUAUACUGUAGACUAAACUGUAUGGAAAUCUAAGAAUUUAAUGGGAAGAUAAGUCAACACUUUUUGUCUGUAUAAAAAAUCAAAUCAAAGUAUUCUACAAUAAUAACUUUGACCAGUGUCUGUAGUUGUGUUUCAUUGUGUGCCUGUGAUUAUUUCUUCGGCCGGAUCACCUGUUCCCUUAAAGAAAGACUUUAUUGAAAAGAUAUAUCAUUAUUUUGGCAUGAAUAGAUGGGCAACAAUGUCUCCAACACUUUUUUCAUUAAGUAAUAUGAUCAAACUUCAUAUUCUGAGCAUAGCUCAUAUGGGAUCAUUGAUUACAGCACUGAUUUGGAAGAACUACUGUUGUCCCCAGUCUCACUUGUGUCAAAAAGUCUGGUUCUCAUUGCAUGUAAUUCUGGCCAGGAACUGCCCACUUAGACAGUAAGAGAACAUUUGACUUGCAUGUAAAUCUGACUAACUUUUUUAUGUGCUGUUAGAGACAAGAUUUUCUGAAAUAGAUGAUACCAAUGGGAGACCAAGUGUAAAGUAAUUGUCUUGCUAUCCUUGAUGACGCUCUGCUUAAUUAAUAAAGAAUAUGUAAUAUUUACGACUGCAUUUAAUGGCAUAGAAAUAGAGGUGGAAUUGGGACACGGUGAGGCGUUUAGGCUAUCAAUGUCAAAAUCUAAGGGGAAAAGAUCAGAUUAAUCUGGCCAAAUUACAGUAAAAAACGUGUGCACGUGACAUGUGCUUCAACAACAUUUGUUGAAUUAAAAACCUGUGAUAAAUUAAGAAGAGGAGUGUGACUUCUGACACCCUCUGAAGUAAGCACGUGAACCCGCUGAACGAGUCUUUUUAGUGAUUCAAAAGAUUCGAUUCACGGUUGAAUCACGCCCACUUGUUCACUGCCAAUGCCAACGUUUACAACACAAAACAAAUUGGGAAGUGCUAAACGCGGAAACCGUUCAGUGUAUAAAUCAUUCAUUUCAAAGAUUUUUUUUUGUAUUAUAUUACUUUUAUUAGCUUCUCGAAUGUUCCUGAGCGAAACUCUUAAAAGUUGAGCAUCCGAUGGAGGAAAACCGAGCUCUCAGUGAAUCAGGAAAGGUGGAGUGUCCCCUCCCUGUCAGGCUCGUGCCGCAGGGAACAGCAGUCUCUUCAACAUGAAUCAUUACGCUACUAAGAAGAGUGCAGCGCAGAGCAUGUUGGAUGUGGCUCUUGUGAUGGCGAACUCCUCUCAGCUGAAGACAGUUCUGCAUUCAGGACCUCAGCACCGCUUCUACAUUCCUCUUAUUGCUCUGAUCUCAAUGUCCAUCUCACUGCAGAUCAUUGUUGGCCUCCUACUCGUCUUCAUUGUGAAGUAUGACCUGAAUGAUGUUAAGAAACAGCCGAGGCUGAACACAAUGAAUGAUACAGCAACUAUUUUUGUCUUCUUCACUGUUCUUAUCAACAUCUUCAUCACAGCAUUGGGAUUUGAGUCUGGAGGGGGCAAUGUGAUAUUUGAGACUGCACUCGCCCAGACCAGAUCCAUAAACAUCAGUGAUGAUGUAUAAGUACAUGACUGCUCAUAUGUGAUUACAUUUAUGCUCAUCCCGCCUUUCCUUUCAUCAUCAUGCAUUUUAUAAAAUAAGAUUACAGGAUUACAGGACACUAUCUACUCCAUAUCAAAUGAGCAAAAUACAUCAUGAUGUUUUGAAUGUUUAGGCAGCACAUUUUAACUGAGAUGUUGGGUUAUGUGAAAGAAAGCAUAAGGAUAACCUUUUAUGUAAGUAACAAAAUUGGUUUUGAGCAAUGUUCUCUUUUUUGUUUUGUUUUUUAAGAUUUUUCAAUCUUUUAAAGCAA